AUGAGUGUCUCUGAGCAUUCUGAAAUGGCUGAUGGCCUUUCGGAAGAAAAAGAGGUUCCAGUGAACCCAUCAAUACUGACAAUGAUGAAGGAAAUGCAAAACAAUAUUGCUUCCUUGGCAUCAUCUGUCGGUGAAAUGAAAAGACGAGGACAGAAACGGAAAGCCGAAAAUCAGCCGUGUUCCUCGAAAGAUUUGAGUGACGUGUCAUCGGAUGAAGAAGAUGAAGAGAAAACUCAGAGGGACGAGUUCGGCGAUUUAGUUGAUGAACUAGAUGAGGUUGAAGAGUUCGAUAACGACACUAUUUUAGAUGAACUUGCCGAAUGUUUUGGCACAGAAGAAAAAUGUGGCGAGCCGGUUCAUGAAAAACUGGCCAAAGUAACUAGCGAUGGUGUGCGUGCAGUGCUCAAUGCUGAAAAGAUCAAGGAAGUGAGCGAGAAGUAUAAUCGACCACGGAAUGUGCUUAAUCUGUCACCACCUAAGAUUAAUGAAGAAAUUCGAGCCCACCUCAGUCGGAAAAUACGAAAUCAAGACAUCAAACUUCAACGUACCCAGACUCUGGUAGCCAAGGCAAUUGUGCCUCAAUUGCAGCAGAUCAAUCUUCUGCUUAAUGCAAAGCAAAAAGGAGAGGGCCCGUCAAUGAAGGACCUCACAACCCUGGCAAUGGACGGUCUCAAAUUGAUGACGUACGUCUACUGUGAUCUAUCACAAAGAAGACGAGAGUUCAUUAUCCAACCCAAGAGUAACGACGAAUUCCGGGUGCUAUUUUCAAACGAUUAUCCCGUCACGGACAAACUGUUCGAGGUUGAUCUGCGGAAAAAGGUCGAAGAUAUCACGAAAGCAAAUAAGGUUGGGUCAAAGAUCUCGGGUACCAGCAACAGACCCGAGAAGAGGAGUUUCCCAAGUCGGAAAUACCAAGGUCAAACACCCUACAACCAGACCAACAGACCUCAGCCUUUUUUAGGCCAGCGUUCAUUCCAGGGCUACAAAAAGAAAAUGUACCCAAACAACAAGCUGACGAAGAAAUAA